GAAAGGCGGUGUAUGUGAUGGGACUGGACUUGUGUUUCAGAUGUUAUUCACACUUCAGAGCCAAUGUGUUAUUUCCUGUUUUGGGGGAUUUCCCACAUAAACCAAAAGUGAAACCAACGUUCUAAGGGAUGUCUGUGGGCUCCAGUGAAAAUGAUUUCUUUCAGAUUAACAAAUUGUGAUCCCACUGCCUUCACUCUGCCUUCACUUUUUGGCUGUCCCCAUAGGAAAACACUUUUAAGAGCCCUUUUGGUUCCUGGUAGAACCUAAAAGGAUUCUCCUAAGGGGACAGUGGAAGAACCCUUUUUUGAACCCUUUUUACUAAGAGUGUAUUCAACCUUCACUAUCAAAUGUUUUGGCAGGAGUUGUAAUGGCGGGACAAAGAUUUCAAGGUGCACUGGGGGUCAUGCUCCUUGUGUGUCUCCUUGGACUAACAAAAGAGUUUGAACUUGAGGACAAAGACUGGGACGAGUUGAGGUCUGAUGUGGCUGCGCUGCACAGAUUGAAAGGAUUACCUGAUCAAAUGACACGUAGGACCACAGGAGCAGACACCAGAGAGAUAACAAUGCACGGGACCAGGACAAAGAGAUUCAGCAAUUACAGGGCAUAUGUGGAGAAAAAGCCCAUGGCUUUAUUUGAUGGUCUUAGGGGAUGUGACAAUUUUACAACAUGCGUCAUUCAAAUGGACCAGGAUUUUGAAAGGUUUCUGGAAGAAAUUGAUAGACAAAAGAUCCAAGAUUUGCUGCUGUCUGCUUCUGAAAUGUCUUACACCUACAGCAACAAACUUCUCCUUAUAAUGGACAAGGAAGAGUGGACUCGUCAGCGAGUAGAAGAGGAGUACAGCAUAGAUCCUCAUUAUUCAGUAAUGGUCAGUGAUGCUUGUAUGUACAAUGAUUCAUGUCUCCCAAUCGUUAACAGUGGCACAGUUGUGAAGAUAUUUGGUACUGCCUCAGAGGAUGGACAUACUCUGUCCGGUUACUCUGGUUCCUCACUAGCAAAUCUAAUGUUGACACCAUCAUUGAGAGCAGCAUCCGUUUUCUCCCUUGACAUCAAUACUACUUCUUCAUUUCAUAAUGACUUCAUGAGGGUUUUUAAGUAUCAUGACAAUAAUGCUGUCUUGGAAACUACCAGCCCAGGAGAUCUUCUCAUCUUUCAAAUCAUGGAUCACACUGACACUGCAGCUGAGUACCAUGCUCCAAAGAGACCUAUUGAUCACACCACACAGUAUGAUAAACAGCACAUCCUAAUACUGGAAGAUAACCCCAUUGUUCGGGAAGCUGCUAAAUUUCUAUAUGAGAAACAUCCCUCUGUGACCUCUGUGUACAUCCUGGAAAACCAACAGCCUAAAGUGAUCAAAGGCGACCCGGUGCCACUGUCAGAAGAGAGCAGACUGGUCCUUGUAGGCCAUGGGAGCAGAGACAGCGAAGGAGAGAUGAGGGUUGGAGGGUACAAAGCCGAAGACGUGGCUGACAUCAUUGGACGUACUGCCAGGACUAGUGACCAUAUUAAAACCACAAGUGUGGUGGCCUGUGAAGUUGGGUCUGAUGAAGCCUUCAAGAACACCCUGUUAAAAGAGCUCCACACCAGGUCUAUUGAGACAGAACUACACCUAAGGAGUUCUUUGCUCCAAGUCAGCCACUCUGGGGAGAAGAUAACUGUAGAAAUAACCCCACUGGAUUGGAAACAAAACAUAAGGAUGACAGCAAGAAAGUGGUGGCAAUGUUAG